AUGAACCCCAGCGACUGCACCUGCAUGUCUGGAGGAAUCAACAUCUGUGGGGAUAACUGUAAAUGCACAACUUGUCACUGUAAGGUGUGUCAGAAAAGCUGCUGUGCCUGCUGUCCCCCAGGCUGUGCCAAGUGUGCUCGUGGCUGCAUCUGCAAAGGGGCCUCAGACAAGUGCAGUUGUUGCCCCUGGAAGGCAACCAUCAUGCAAGGGAACGUCGUCUGUAUAGUGCAUGAGUUGAGAAACUGGAAUAAUUGUACAAUAGAUUGUGCUUUUUAUAUGUAA